AUUUGAUACUUAGAGAAGGCAUGUAUUUAUUUAGUUGCUUACUAUUAUAGAACAAGCUAAUUAAGCUAUUAUUAUUAUUGGAUUGCAUUGAAUGUGUAUUGCAAAGGUGGCGAAUCCUCAAGAGAAAGGAAACAAGGUUGUUGAGAAGAGGGAAUUGGAAGUUGAUGAGAGGAUAAACAACAACAAUUCUACGUUGUCAUCAUCAAUGCAUAUGAUAUUCCCAGGUUUGAAUAGGGAGGAGGAGAUGUCUGCCAUGGUUUCGGCUUUGACCCAUGUUGUCUCUGGUGAAGUUCCAACCAGUGCAGGUGACGAUUAUUCACUUCCAACAAGUAACAUGACUUAUGGUUCUUCAACAUUUUCUAAUUAUGUUGUUGGAAGCGGCUCUUCUUCUAUCAAGAGAACUAGGCAGCAAGAUGAUAUAUCCUUUGUUGACCACUUCUCUUCAUCACAUGGUGUAACUUCUUCAUCCCCUACUACUAUUCAUACAACAAUGAAUAGAGAAUGUUCAAGAGAAAGUGGAAGUGGGAGUGGAGAGGUGGAAGGAGAAAACAGGGGAAGGACAGUCUAUGAAUACAGAGCAAGAGAAGAGAAUGUGAGAGAGGAAGAGCCAAGAAGGAAAUACAGAGGCGUGAGGCAGAGGCCAUGGGGCAAGUGGGCAGCCGAGAUCAGAGACCCAUUCAAAGCCGCCAGAGUCUGGUUAGGCACCUUUGACACUGCCGAGGCCGCGGCCAGAGCCUACGACCAAGCCGCCCUCCGUUUCCGGGGCAACAAGGCCAAACUCAACUUCCCCGAAAAUGUCACGCUCCUCCGCCACGCGCCACCGCAAAUCACUGCUUCUUCGCUCGUGGCCAUUCCAACUUCCACCGAAGCCAUUGUUCACAGUGAGCCUCUUAUUAGCACUACUUUGCAUGGUUUUUCUUUUUCUUCUUCUUCUUCCGCGGGUUUGUAUGGGAAUUUUCCCACCAUGGAUUCCACUAUGACGGUUAUGGCUUCAAGUGUGGCUUCUCAUCUUCGUCAUUCUUCUCUGUCUUCAACGCAAGCUUCGCCGCCGUUCUUGUCUUCCUCUUCUGCGUUCGGUUCCACUAAGCAGUUGCCGGCGGCGUNGUUGCCGGCGGCGUGGUCAUCGGCUUCCGGUAACAGCUCUUCUUCGUCGGGAUAG